AUGGUCUUGCUGAUCGAGGCUUUGAUGUGCAUGAUGUGUGUAUCCAAGAAAUUUUAUUCUUUGAUAUCAUCAAGUGAAUUCAUCAAGCGCCAUUUCGUAGCAGCACUAAAAGAAGGUAACAACUUCAUGUUAUUUGACCCUAAUUUCGUGUCUGAUGAACAUGAAAAACCUUUCUAUCUACUUUCUUAUGAAAAACCUACUAAUUUCUCAACCAUGAAGAGAAUCCCAAAUGUCAUUUAUAGUGACUGCUACCAGAUAGAUUUUGGUUCUGCGAGUUUUGUGUUUAUAAUCGAUACCGAGAGUCGUGGGGACAUAAUCCAUUUAUGGAGCCCAUUUAUUAGAAAAUCAUUGAGUAUUACAAUAUCAACUAUUGGUUUGGAGAAAUUUACAUUUAAUGAUUCUAGGCAUUUGGUUCUUGGGUUUGGUUACGUAUCACAAAAGGAUCAUUUGAUUGUCCAAAUCCUUUAUGUGGAGGAUGAAGAGAAUGAGUUUCUUCACCUUGAUAUGAUUCUUGCCGGUAGCAGUGUUGCCCCAAGACAAAAUUGUCAAAAGAAAACACUGUCCCAUUUAUUGAGAUAUUUUCAUUCAGAAGACACAUGGGAAAAAAUCGAAUUACCCGUUUUCCCAUGGUAUUUGUGUGACUCUAUUUCUAGGGCUUUUGUCAACAACUCUGUCCAUUGGAUUCCAUCUCACGUGGGUGGGGAUAGCAAUGAUAAUGAGCCCGUGAUUCUUUCAUUCCGUCUUCUAAAUGAAGUGUUUGGGGAAAUAAAGUUGCCUGCUUAUUACAACAUUGAAGUGUCCGAGAUGGAUGAGGAAUAUGAGAAUGAAGCAUCUGGGACCAAAGAGUUUGAUGCUGUACUCGAUAGGUUUGUCCAUUUUCCGUCAUUGAUUACCUCAAACGAUGAAAUCGCCAUCAUUCGCACAAAUGUUGGUGAUGGAAAGUUAGAAUUAUGUUUGCAUGAUUUGGUUCUUUUGGAUGCUAAGCCUGAAAACAUGGAAGUGCCAAAAGGAAUUGACGAUGAUGAAGAGGAAAAAGAAGCUUUGGACACUGCCGGAGUUUGA